AUGUCAGCUGUCUCGACUAAACCGAUGUCCAUGGCCACGAACCUCACUGAAGAGAUAGCUCUCGCUGUCGCUCAAUGCUCAGAUCUCAACGCUACCGCGACGACUUGCUACCCAACGAACCAGACGCGCCUCGCGCAAGGCGAUCAAGACGUGUGGUUUGUCUGGAAUAGUCGUAUGCCUGAGUUGACGCAGACGAAUCAAGUCGACAUACAGCUAUUCCGGGUCGACGACAAUGGAACUUCCAGAGAAGUGUAUGAGUGGAAUGGUAGGUACAACCCUACGGGAGGCGAAGCGGGCCAGCUUAGUAUCCCAAUAUACACCGUGCUGUCUUCCCUCGACGAAUACUGGACCGGCAGGCUCAGAAUAGUUCCGCUAUAUUUUGCCAUCGGACAGGCGAACGCUCGGAAUGAGCAACCACAGGCCACGUUCGAGCUCGUCCAACGCAUACCUUUGCCCCUCUCUUCUCCUUCAGCAACGUCCACUCCUACUGCGUCAGCUCCCGCAUCAGCCAACUCCCAGUCAUCCGCGCCGCACCUCUCGGCAGGCGUCGUCGUCGGCGCUGUUCUUGGUGGUGCGUCGGCGAUGAUUCUCCUCUUGAUGGCCGCAUGGUCCUUCCGUCGUCGCCGCCACACAGCGACAGAGCCGGACUCUCUGAACGUGGAGAUGGUAGACUGGAGAUUGGAGUCGGAGACUAGCUCCAUUUUCAGCAAGGAUGACGAGGACAUGAAGGCGUCUGUACACAGUACAACGGCGUGA